UAGUAAUUCAACUUGAGGAAGGUAGCGGACAACCCCACCAACGGUCGAAGGGUCGAACGCCCCGCCAAGUCGCCGACUCCCUCGCGGCUUUGCCGUCAGCCAGGCGCCAGCAAGCAGCACGGCAGCACCGCCACUCCGACUGGCUCCAGAACCGAAGCAAGCCUCAUCUGUCGUCGCCCACUCGCCUCACGCCCGUCGCUCGGUCGCCUCCACUCCUCCACUCACCCUUAGGCGGUUCGGCUAAUCGGGCCUUUUCAAUUUUCACCUUCCAACCUUCCGUAGUUCUGAUGGCUAGAUGGGAUGAGAUUCUGUCCCUCCCUGUACAGAACCCUCCAACACUGGAGUUCUCUUCGUCUAACCUUGUGUGGUCUAAGGUUGAAGGUUGGCGUGAUAACAUAGAUAGAAUUGCUCUGAUCCCAUAUGCUAGAGUAGAUGACUUUGUACGCGGAGAAUCUGCUGAUAAAGAAUGUCCAACAAAAUUCCAUGUUGAAGCCAGAAGGAGGAGGACCUCAAAAACAACUUACAAGCCUAAAGUUGAUGGCAUCCUUGAGUAUAUACUGUACUGGUGUUCAUUUGGACCAGAUGACCAUAGAAAAGGAGGUGUUGUGCGACCUAGCAGAAGCACAUAUGUCCCCAAGAAAAAAUCUGCGGGUAGGCCAAAUACAAAGAGAGGUUGCACAUGCCACUUUAUUGUCAAACGUCUGAUUGCCGAGCCGUCCGUGGCACUUAUUAUAUACAAUCAAGAUAAACACGUGGACAAGAAAGGAUUGCUGUGUCAUGGCCCACAGGAUGAGCAAUCUGCUGGGACCCGUGCUAUGUAUGCUCCGUAUAUCUCAGAGGAUCUCCGUCUCCGUGUGUUAUCUCUACUUCAUGUUGGAGUGUCUGUGGAAACCAUAAUGCAGAGGCAUAAUGAAUCAGUGGAGAAACAGGGGGGGCCGUGCAACCGAGAUGACCUUCUAACCCACAGGUAUGUUAGAAGGCAAGAGAGGGGCAUAAGGCGGUCUACGUAUGAACUGGAUGAAGAUGAUGCAAUAAGCAUUGGCCUGUGGGUUGAAAGCCACCAGAAUCAAAUCUUCUUUUACAAGGAUUUCUCAGAUUCUGAUCCUUUUGUCCUUGGCAUUCAAACUGAAUGGCAGUUGCAACAAAUGAUUCGGUUUGGGAACCAUGGACUUCUUGUAUCCGACUCAAAAUUCGGAACGAAUAAACUGAAGUAUCCAAUUCACAGUCUUGUUGUGUUCAAUUCAGACAACAAGGCUAUCCCAGUGGCAUGGAUAAUAACAUCAAGAUGUGCAAGUAGAGACACUGCCAGAUGGAUGAGGGCUCUUUAUAAUAGAGUUUGCACCAAAGAUCCUACAUGGAAGUUGGCUGGUUUCAUUGUGGAUGAUCCUUUGACUGACAUCGUGGCUAUAAGAGACGUCUUUCAGUGCGCUGUGCUAAUAUGCUUUUGGCGUGUACGUCAUGCAUGGCAUAAACAUUUAAUGAAGAAGUGUUCAGAAAUAGGAUUGCGCACUGAAAUAGCAAAAAGGCUGGGUGAGAUGAUACAUUGCAUUUGCAAAGGGUUACAAACUGGAAAUAUGUUUGAAGAUUUUAUGCAAAGUUUUGCAUGUGCUGCAGAGUUUGUGGACUACUUCAAGGCAACUUGGUAUCCAAGAUUAGGGCUAUGGAUUAAUGCACUCAGAGCACUUCCUCUCGCCGGACUGGAAACUUGCGCAGCACUGGAGUUUUACCACAACCAAAUGAAGCUCCGGGUGUUGAACGAGAGGGCUUCAAGCGUGUAUGAGCGUGCAGAUUGGCUUGCAGAUAAGCUGGGUACCAAAGUACAUUCAUACUUCUGGCUGGACGAGUACUCUUGCAAGGAUGACUUCUCACGCUAUUGGAAGGAUGAAUGGACGACUGGUUUGACAGCCUGGCAAAAAUCUUUGCUAAUCCCUGACAGUAAUGUGGCAAUUGACGGAGGCGAUGUGAAAAUCGUUUACCAGGGAGAUCAGACCACUUUCUGUGUCGUAAGAAACCCAUCUUCCUUGGAAUAUGCACUCUGUGAUUGUGAAUCUUCAAAAGCCGGUAACUUGUGUGAGCACGUUUUCAAAAGCAUUAGAUAUCUUCGUGGUGGUGGACCCGUUGCAUCAUCAUCUGUCAGUAUGUUUCAGUACAAGCAGGCAUUGUUUAAAAUGAUGCACUGCCCACCUUAUGAUUCUCUGAUCCGUGAUCAUGCACUGUCUCUAGCUGUAUGGGUGAAGAUGCAGUUGUCUUCACAAGUACAGGAGCGAACCGUAGGACCCACUUCUGGUGACAAUCAUAACAUGGUUGAGUUGAUCCCUUCUCUCGAACAAACCACAAGACCCACAACAGAAGGUAAUUUAGAUUCCCAGUUUAUUUCUGGUGAUGAGACAUCCAUUGACCCUAGGACAGAUGCAACGGAAAAUCUGCUGUGCACAGAUUCGCCAUACUCCAAAAUAACAGGGUUUGGUGUAAGAAAUGGGAACCAAGAUUUAAUUGGCGAGAAGGAAAACAGAUUAUACUCGGGAAAUGAGGGUAUGGAGGGGGGACUCCAAAAUGAUGUCAAUAAGAAAUCUUCUUUAGGGCAUGCAAGUGAUAGUGCUCCACGUAAACCACCGAAGGAGAUUGUGACCUACAAACGUAGGAAAGUGCUCUCCACACCUCCUUUAAUGUAAGUUCAGUAUUCUCAAGUAUUGGGGGUCUUGAUUUUAGCAAAAAUGUAUAUCUCAUAAUUGCUGCUUGUUCUGCAUUUGUUGAAGGGGUCUGCAGGGGAUUUCAUAAUUGCUUCUCAUCUUGCAGACCGGUGAGAUAUAAGAUUGGCUUUCACUAUCAUUGUAUCUAACCCGUGGCGUUCCCCAUUAUUGAGAUAUACAUGUAGUGUAGUUAGAUGGAUGGAAUUGACAUUCUUACACUUGAAAGCUCGUGUGAACUUUUUACAAUAUAUGGUUUUGUUGCAAUCCCUUCUUAUUCUAUCGAAUAUGGUGUUUUUCUUGGUUUUGAGAUUGAGCAUAGUUUUUUUCAGAACACAACUGUAUUUUGAACUAAUCUUCAGUUUUGAGGGCCAACCGUUUUGAUAUGGU